CCCGCAUCAUGGGACAUUUAAAAAGUUGAAGGGAAGGUUUCAAGAGCAUCUUCUGAAGGAGCAAGUCUACAGGACAGAUCAACAUGUCUUCUGCUCACUUCAACAGGGGCCCAGCCUAUGGACUCAGCGCAGAGGUCAAGAACAAGUUGGCCUCCAAGUAUAACCCCCACCUGGAGGCCGAGCUGAGGGAGUGGAUAGAAAGCACAACCGGAAAGAAAAUUGAAAACAAGUUCAUGGAGUCCCUGAAAAAUGGCGCCAUCUUGUGCGAAUUAAUCAAUAAGCUGCAUCCCGGCUCCGUCAGGAAGAUCAAUGAGUCCACACAGAACUGGCAUCAGCUGGAAAAUAUUGGAAACUUCAUCAAGGCCAUCACAGCUUACGGCGUCCAAUCACACGAUAUAUUUGAGGCCAACGAUCUGUUUGAGAACACCAACCUCACCCAAGUCCAGUCUACACUGCUCGCUCUGGCCGGUGUGGCCAAGUCGAAAGGUGCCAAAGUCAACCUUGGAGUUAAGUACGCCGACCGUCAAGAGAGGAAAUUCAACCCUGAUAAACUUAGAGAAGGAAGAAACAUCAUUGGACUUCAGAUGGGAACCAACAGGUUUGCCAGCCAAAAGGGUAUGACAUCAUAUGGCACCCGUAGACAUCUGUAUGACCCCAAAUUGGGCAAUGAGCAGCCGCUGGAUCAAGCUACCAUCAGCUUACAAAUGGGCACCAAUAAAGGGGCAUCCCAGGCCGGCAUGACGGCUCCAGGCACUAAGCGCCAGAUCUUUGAGCAGAAGCUUGGCAUGGAGCACUGCGACACCGAGACCAUACCCUUGCAAAUGGGAACGAACAAGGGAGCAUCUCAGCAAGGCAUGACUGUGUACGGUCUCCCGCGCCAGGUCUACGACGCCAAGUACUGCACGGAUGCCAACAUGCUCUUUAAUGAGGACGGGAACUACGACGACAGCCAUCAGUAUUACAACUCCGAGUAACACCAUCCAUUCCCAAUAUAACCCGCACACCACCCUCUUCUGUGCCAGCGUGUGCCUGCUACUGUGGCAGAGAACGGUGUUCAUGCUGCCCAUUCUAUGCCAGUGUGUGCUAGUUGCUCUGGCAAAGGGGGUUAAAUGCUACCCACUAUCCGUGUUUGCUCUUGCAAAGGAAGAAAUAGAUGAUGCCCACUCUGUGCCAGCCUGCCUUCUGGCAAUUAGAUGCUGCCCGUCCCAUACCUGCUGUUCUGGCAGAGAAUGAAGUUCAUCCUACCCACUUUCUGCUCUCCUGGCAGAAAAGGGGUAAAGCUUCCCAUUCUGUGCCAGCCUAUGCCCGCUGCUUUGGCAGUAAAGAAAUAAACCUAUUCCCUCUGUGCCUGACACCACUUUUACAAGAGACUGACAACGAACGCCACAUUGCCUUCUUUGAUAUUUAGGUGGACAUCUGCAGAGCAUUGCACCCUGUGUCAUUUUUUUUUCACUCGGCGGGGGUCACAAACUUUUUUUUUAAUUAUUAUUAUUAUUUUAAUGGCAGUCCUGAUGGUUGUGGGGAUAUACAAGCUACACAUCACAAUCCUCCCCCCUGUGCUAAGCAUGCCACGAGAGUGACGGCUGGUCUGCAGAGCAUCACUGCAGAGGUGGGCAGAAGGCAAAGAAAUAGGUGACGUCAGGGCAGCGAUGCUCUGCAGCUUUCCUAGUCUGGCCGAGGAUACGGGUGGAUGGGGCAGGUCUCUGAUGAGAGGGAACCAUUUAUCGGAUUAUGUUCUGGGCAGGUGAGAGGUUAAUAGGGAUACGACAGCCACCGAGACGGGUGCAAUGCUCUGCAGACCACAGCGUAAUGAACGACUUGCCUGGCUACGUUUUGUGCAUGCCCCUUGCCCUCCCCGACCGCCACCCUUUCCUCUCAUCACUGCAGUAUCCAACACCUCACCUCCGCUCUGUUUAAGAACCGACUGCAAAUAUAUUUCUAGAUAUAUAUUUCUA